CCUUCACAGCACUUCUAUUAUUGUAGAAUCAGAAGCAUUUGCUUUGCCCACAGAGAGAGGGAGGAGCUCAAAUACUGAAUUGAAGAGUAGGCAUGGAGAAGGAAAUAGGAGGCAUUCCUCAAGUGGUUCUAAAUUCGGGUCACAAGAUGCACUUAGUGGGGCUGGGCACUGCAAAAGACCCCUUCAUUGAGGACGAGUCCCUUAAAUUCCCAAUUUUAGAGGCCAUGGAGCUAGGCUACAGACACUUCGACACUGCUAUGAUAUACAAGUCAGAGAAAGCCCUAGGCCAAGCCAUUGCCGAAGCCCAAGAGAGAGGCAUCAUCGAUUCUCGAAGUGAGCUCUUCGUAACCUCGAAGCUUUGGUGCACUGAUAAUCACCCAGAUGGGGUUUUACCAGCCCUUCACCAAACACUCCAGAGAUUGCAAUUAGAGUAUUUGGAUUUGUACCUCAUUCAUUGGCCCGCAAGGGUUAGGCAGAUGGAGGAGGGAUCGGUGCAAAAGGAACACCAUCUCCCUUUUGACAUGAGAGGGACAUGGGAGGCCAUGGAAAAGUGCUGCAGAAUGGGGCUCACUAAGUCCAUUGGAGUCAGCAACUUCUCAUGUAAGAAGCUCGGAGACCUGCUCGCUCAUGCCACCAUACCCCCUGCUGUUAACCAGGUGGAAAUGCAUCCUCUUUGGCAGCAAAGGAAGUUGAGGGAGUUUUGUGGGGAAAAGGGGAUCCAAGUGUAUGCAUAUUCGCCUUUGGGAGGGGCAGGAGCCACUUGGGGCACCAAUGCAGUACUCGACUCUGUGGUUCUCAAAGAGAUUGCUCAUGCCCAUGGAAAGAGCACUGCCCAAGUUUCUUUGAGAUGGAUCCUUCAACAAGGGGCUGGUUUGAUUGCCAAGAGCUUCAAAAAGGAGAGGCUGAAGGAGAACCUGGAAAUGUUUGAUUGGGAGCUUAAUGAAGAGGAAAUGCAAAAGAUUGGUGAACUCCCACCAAAGAAGGCAAUUCUCGGUGAAGAAUGGGUGUCACCUAAUGGGCCUUACAAGACUUUGGAGGAAUUGUGGGAUGGAGAAAUAUAAAACCUAUGCCCAAUACCUCAAUAAACUUAGGAAUUGAGUUGGGGCUCGAGUGGUUAGCGGUUGAGGUUUAGUAGCGCAACCUCUUGAGUUCGAUUCCUAUUAUUGAAGUACUCAAAAAUAAAAUAAAGACUUCAAUAAGUUCUUAGUUGUUAUUAUGGGUUAAUACUUAUUUCCCUUUGGGGUUCUAGAUCUUGUUUGUACAGAAAAAUAAUAAGUUCUUAGUUGUUAUUAUGGGUUAAUACUUAUUUCCCUUUGGGGUUCUAGAUCUUGUUUGUACAGAAAAAUAAUACAAUAAGUGCAUGUUUGGUUUGUAUGAAA